CCAAAGAACUAUUUUCUUUUUUUAGUUAAAACAAAUCAUCAUCCAAAGUAAAAAUAAAAAAUGAUUGAAAGUUCAAUUAUUUAACAAGAUAUUUUGAUAAACUCAGAUAAAAUAGUAUUACCGAAAAACGCUAAUCAACACGACCAUUGUUAUUUGCGGGAAACCGUACUUUUAUUUAUUCCGAACAUCCGAAAGCAUACUGCAGAGCUGCUGAAAUUUUACUUGACAGCAUGGGUAGGAAAUCUGAAAAAGCUAAAGAGAAGAAGAUGAAAAGGAAAGAGGAGAGUGCCCGUCUGGCUGUAUCUGUAGCAAAGGUUGAGGCUGCAAACAAGCUUGAAGAUCCUCUCACUCUUCUAGAACCAUUCAGAAAGUUUGAGCGUAAUGGGAUAAGUCUGACGAUUGAAUGCUGCCGUGUAUCAGAGAUGGACAAAGACACCCAGGAUUUUGUGUUCGAUCUCUGCAAGACUAACAUGCAGGAAUUAUAUGAGACAUCUAGCUGGGGAUGGAAAGACCGAGAGAAGCGCGAAGAAAUGUUUGAUGAUCGGGCGUGGUACCUGGUUGCCAGGGACGACCAAAGACUUCCAGUUGCAUUUGUACAUUUCCGCUUUGACAUUGAAAUGGAUGAGGAAGUUGUUUACUGUUACGAAAUUCAGCUCACACCUAAUCUCCGAAGAAAAGGCCUUGGGAAGUUUCUCAUGCAGAUUUUAGAACUCCUUGCACACAAAACUGAGAUGGUGAAGGUGAUGUUGACCACAUUCAAACACAACGAUCCAGGCUUUAAAUUCUUCCAGGAGGCCCUCAAGUACCAGAUUGAUGACAUUUCCCCUGAAGAUGGGAUGUAUGAAGAUGAAUGUUAUUACUGGAUACUUAGUAAGCCGAUCCGUCCCAAGAAAGCUUCUGGGGUAAGGCCCGCACCAACGGAAAAGGGGGCUGCCGGGGUCACCACUAAUGGACAUGUGAAUGGCACUGCUGAAGUGAAAUGAUGACAUAGUACAGUUGUAGUAGUUCAAAUAGGUGAAAAUGGAGCAAUGUUUGUUCUAGAAUGAACAAAGACCAUAUUGAGAAGUGGUAAUUAUUAUUUAUACGAAAUUUAAUGACCAUAAAAAACUGUUAUGAGAGAUCAUGUGAUAUUAGUGAUGUGGAAGACAAAAUACUAAGGACCAAACAGUAGUAUUUGAUUGUUAAACAUAUUGUUUUAUCAGAGUGUUAAGAAGGGGAAAGUAAGAAAAAAUGAGGUACACACGGGUAAAGAAGUUUUUGAAGGAGGUUCAUAUAAUUCAGCAUGUUAACAAAGUGCCAUUUCUUCCCUUCUAAGAAUGGGUUCCAAUAAGAGACCUGUUCAUAAUGACCAAAAUAUUGUCAUUCUUCAUAUAUACAGUAUACAGUUACAUUUACUUAUAUUAAGUUAUGUAUAAUGCAUGCAUUUAGCUUGUCAUAUAUGUAACAUCUUAACACCAAAGACGUAAUACCUGAUUAUGUGUAUACUUGAAGAAAUAAUCAGUCAUGGACAUAGAAUUUUAAUUUAGGUAAUAUUUCAUUAUACUUGUUUCAAUUAUAUCACCUAAUUAUUGGAUACAACUGUGUCUUAGUGAAUAUUAACUGCUGUAAAAUGAUUCUGUCAGUCAGACAUUGCUUGUAGACAAAGACAAACCAUUGAAUUCUGAUAAAUGAUAUUGGACCCUUGGACCAGAAUUAACUUUCUGUUUAAAAAAGAAUUUGUUGGACUAAUAAUUCAUGCAUGUUUGUAUCGGUACUUGCAUGCUUUUUCUUAUGUUUAAAAUAUAGAUGUUUUAAAACAAAAUGAAAUCUCAUACAAUGCAUUUUAUUUCAUUCAUUAUAAUAUCCUAUUUUUGUGCAAAAUCUCUUGUUUGUGAAUAAAUGAUGUAAAUUAAUUUA